GACACACCUGAAGCUCCGGAAGCGCCGCAGAUUUCCUCGGAAUCCUUUAACAAACAGCGAGCGACACAUUUCACCCGAAACUCUGGAUUAAACUGACGAUUUUACUUCUUCAAAUGAGGAAUAAUAGACGUUUGGAGGAGAGGAACACUUAGAUUUCUGAUUAACAGGCUGCUUUUGAAUCCUGUAUAUAAAGGGAUUGUACUGGAAGUUUUGUUCUGUUGAGAAUGACACAGGUUCAGCUCUGGUUCUUCUGGACCACAGUGGUUCUGAUCGUCCCUCUUCUCGUGGGUCCAUCAGCAGGUCAGAAUGGAGAUGGGAAAGGGUGUCUGGAUAAAUUCAGCCGUGGAAAAGCAGAUUUUGUGUUAAACACAGAUGAAUCUGUGAAAGAAGGGGCCACAUUUCUGGGUUCUCCGAAGGUGUCACGGGCUGAAGACUGUGUUCUGGCCUGCUGUAAAGAUCCGAACUGUAAUCUGGCCCUGAUGGAGGACGGAGAACAACCCAAAACCAUCAGCUCCUGCUUCAUCUUCAACUGUCUCUACAAACAGAAGAAAGUGUGUCACUUUGUCAGGAAGAAGGGCUUUAACAACUACAUGAUGACCUCUGUGUUUAAAGAUUACCUUGAGCAACAGGUUUCAGAUGAGGAAGACAAACCUCCAGUCGCAGUGGCUGGUCAAGACAGAGUCGUUCAACCUCACGACGAUGUCACACUUAACGGCAUCCAAAGCACAGACGAUAAAAAGAUAGUAAAAUAUGAGUGGGAGAUGGUGUCUGGGGAUCAGUCAGCUGUCAUGUCGAAAACUAGUUUCGAGGAUGCGGUGACGAUCUCCAAUCUCUCUCCUGGGAUGUAUAAGUUCAGACUCACUGUCACAGAUGAUACAGGAAAGACGGGAUCAGCCGAAGUUUCUGUGUUAGUUCUGACUCCAGAACAGUCACUCCAUCAUUGUCUGGUGCCAAAGAAAGAGGGUCCGUGUCGAGGGUCUUUCCCGCGCUGGCAUUACAACGCCGUCACUGAGAAAUGCGAGGAGUUCAAAUACGGAGGCUGCAAACCAAACCGCAACAACUAUCUGGCGCUCAAAGAGUGCCAAAACGCUUGCGACAAAGUUUCAGUUAAUUCCCCACAUCCAUCUGGAAGAUUAAGUCCGAUCCAUAAUCAGGGUGAACGGUGUGAUGUGCCGUGUGGUCCAGAACAUUUCCAGUGCUCUAAUAACUGCUGUAUUCAUAAAGAGCUUGAAUGUGAUGGAGAAGCGCAGUGCAGUGACAGUUCGGACGAGGCGGAGUGCUCGAAUUGGAACCAGAAGUUUAGGCGAUUAAUAGAUCUUCCAGUGGAUGCAGAUAAAGCUCGUUGUGUUGAGCCGCCACAAACGGGUCCCUGUCGGGCAAGUAUGACUAACUGGUACUACAAUCCGUAUGAACGGCGCUGUAAUCGCUUUACCUUUGGCGGCUGUGAAGGAAAUAACAACCGCUUUGAAAAUGAGGACCAGUGCAUGACGUUAUGCAGUUCAGUGACGGAUUCUGAUGUGUUUGCCAGAAAUGCACAGUUUGAAAAGCAAGAGAGCAAAAGUGAUACAGCUCCCAUCAUCAUUGCUAUACUACUGGGUGUUGCCAUAGUGAUCCUUCUGAUUGUCAUUGCAUGCUGCCUUCUGCGAGACAAGAAAAAACGUCAAAAGAAACAUCAGCUUGUCGCAGUUAACGGUGGUCAUGUUCACACCUAUGAGGACUCUGAGAAACUGGUCUACAACAGCACCACUAAACCCAUCUGAACUCAGACGAGCGCCAAGCGCAAAACCAUCCCGCUGGCAUAUGAUGUGGAAAAUGCAUUUAUGUAUGAUGUUUUAUUUCUUCACUUGGUUGGAUUAUUUUGUUUGCUUUGAGUAGACAGGCUGGUAACUGCAGCAUAGUAGUUUGUUUCUUUGAUGUUUGAAAACAACUUAUAACCAACACUUUUCAAAGUACUAUGAAAUUGACCGCUUUUCUAUAUAUAAAUAUAAAUAUAUAAGCUUAUUGGAUUGUCCUCAGGGGUAAAUAUGUGUUGCAAUAACAUAUACUGUUUGAUUAUAAGACCAGUUUUUAAAAUCCAAAUCAUGACCACAUGAAAUUGCAAAGAUUCAGAAUACACCGAUUUGAAAGAUUAUUAUGGAUUAUUUUCUAUUACACGGUCAAUUAGAGAGCUUAUGCCACAAUCUUAAAGACAUUUACACAAUGCAUUACUGCUUACAAGUUAGUUACAGAUUUUGAUUCUUCAACUUAUCAUUUUGAUGUUUAAAAACUCGUUUUUUUUGUGCUCGUGGUCUACAUUAGAGUUUUUCCUUUUUUAAUAUUCUGUUUUAUUACUGUCCUUUUUUUAGUAAACUGGCGUUAUGGUAUAUAUGACAGAAUUGGGGUGUGAAAUCCAUAAAUGUUUGCCCCACAAUGCAAAUUUGUACAUAGUUGUUUUUAUGUCUUUCUAAAACUUGCCUGAUUUCUUGGAAGUACUAACCAUUUACAGUCUCAAUAAAGUUAAAGUGUACAUACA